UCUGUGGAUUAAUUGUCGGGAGUAGAGGAACCUUGUGCAUUUCAGGUAAAAUAACAACCCAAUGUUUAAAUUAGACGGCGCAUAUGGACGCACGUGGUCUGAUCAGCAUGUUUAGACUCCUGUGGUGGAACACUGUGUAAUGUUAAAUGUUGUUAUAUACAGGUAUGUGUCACAUAACAGUUAUAACAAAUGUUUAUAUAAAUGAUUUGUUGUAGAUAAGGGAUGAUAUGAAGACAGCUGGCUGCGAGGCCAUGUUGAGAAAAUAUGACUCGUACUCAGUUAAGGAGUAUCUAGUGAAUGAGGGGAACCUGAGUCGUGGUGCCCUGCGCAUGAUUGGAGAUAUCCUGAAUGAGAACAGCCUCUUCUACGCAUCACUUACUGAGAUGCUGUAUAUUCAGUCGGAUAUCAAUGACAACACUGUCUAUUACGAGAUCACUGAUGGGUUUGACCAUUUACAGAGGGCAUUUUACCAGGCCCUCAACUGCACUAUCCUUCUCAACUCCAAGGUCCGACUCAUCAGUCAAACCAGCAGCAAUGUGACCGUAUCCUACCAGGACUGGCAUGAUCCAUCCUCUCUGACCAACCUCACAGUCGACUAUGCCCUGGUGACAGCUACAGCAAAGGCCACCCUCUUCAUGGAACCCCCGCUGUCACCCCAGAAGAUGGAGGCCCUGCGGUCCGUGCACUACGCCAGCUCCACCAAGGUGGUCCUCAGCUUCAGUGAGAGAUUCUGGGAAAAGGAUGGUAUCAAAGGGGGGAAAAGCAUCACGGAUCUCCCCUCUCGUUUCAUCUACUACCCUAGCCACAGCUUCCCAGGCACGGCUGGGGGGGCUCUCCUUGCAUCCUACACCUGUUCCGAUGACUCCACUCUGUUCCAGGGGGUCAGCGAGUAUGAACUGAAGGCCUUGGUGAUGGAUGACCUGGUUAAGAUCCAUGGGGAGGCUAUACGACCUCUCUGCACUGGAGGGUUGGUGAAGAAGUGGGGGCUGGAUCCCUUCAGCCUGGGGGCUUUUGCCCUUUACACACCUUACCAGCAGACGGACUACGCCUCGGACCUGUUCAGGAAUGAGAGCAGGGUCCACUUUGCUGGGGAGCACACGGCACUACCUCAUGCUUGGAUUGAGACUGCCAUGAAUUCUGCACUAAGGGCAGCCAGGAACAUCAGUAACCUGGAAGGAUAGACAUCUGGGGCCUGGGCACAUACAUUUUUAUUUUGAAUAGCUUGAGAGGUUGAAUGUUGACAAACUAAAUGACGAAAUCCAAUGGCCAAACCAAAAACGAUUUAUUUUGAUAAAACAUUAUUAGUACUGUCUGAUGAUGCAUUCGGUAGUAUUCAUGUGUUCUGCUCUACUCAAUAUGAAUGGCACAACAUGAUGAGAGGAGUGUUGACGAAAUGUUCAGCAGAACUGAAAAUGUUUACUGGCCUAUUUUACAAGUCCUCUUCAGGGCACAAUGUUCAUACUUUUUUUCCCUUUCGAACCUGUUAUUUUUGUGUGUACUGUUUUAAAAUGGCAACUUUGUUAAAUAGCCUACAGUAUUGUACAAAAUAACUAUGUCAAAUGAUGUUGUCACACAGAUGUUAUAGAGAUGUUAUGAGUAGCACUGUGUAGGUGUAGUUCUUGGGCCUAACUUUAUUAAAGUUAUUUUUAACUUGAAUAAAGCUGUAUUGCAACCAAAUACUUUGAUUCUCUAGCAUGUCCAAUUUAGGCCUACCUGUUGAAUAAUUGUACUGUGGCAUAUCAUCAUUUUAGGCAAUGCUGUUAUGGGUUCGAUGCAUAAGGGAAAACAUAAUGCACAGUUCUCUUACAAAAUAAAAACAUUAUAGCCUA